UCCUUUCUCACCUUCUCUCUCUCUAUCUCUAGUCUCUAGCCUCUAGUGCGCACGUUAAACCAGUGAGGCCAUGGAUACGGAUCGCAGGUCCGUCUUUGUUGUAGCUUUUAUCUGCAUUGUCGUAGCCGGCGUUGGAGGUCAAUCUCCGGCCACAUCUCCGACUGCAACUCCGGCACCUCCUACUCCUACUACUCCUACAGCUUCUCCUCCUACUUCAAAUCCAGCACCACCGACAACUCCUGCUCCGACCACCAGCCCCACGGCGGCGCCACCUCCUGUGGUGUCCGCUCCGCCGGUUUCAGCUCCACCACCGGCCACUCCACCUCCAGCAACUCCACCACCAGCUACUCCACCGCCAGCUACUCCACCACCGGCAACUCCACCACCAGCUACUCCGCCUCCGGCCACUCCACCACCGGCUACCCCACCUCCGCAGAGUCCUCCGCCUCCUCCACCAUCUCCUCCGCCUCCCGCACCGUCGCCUACGCCAGCUGUUCCACCUGCUCUGGUUCCGGCGCCGGCUCCAAGCAAGAAGCCGACAUCUCCGGCGCUGUCUCCGUUAUUGAGUCCUCCGACGCCGCCUACUGGAGCUCCGGCGCCGUCUCUCCCGACUACAUCGCCUGCACCAUCUGCUUCCGAUCAGAGUGGAGCCGAGAAGUUGUGGUGUAUGGAGAAGAUGGUCGCGAGCUUGAUCUUCGGAUGGGCACUCCUUUGUUUGCUAUACUAGAAGGGAGCUUUACCUUUCUAUUUUAUGUUUUCAUUAUAUUUACUAUUUUUUGUGAUGAUAUUAUUAGUACUGGUUGGUCAUUUUUAGUCCAUAUGGUGAUUGGAGCAGAGAGAGUACCCUGUAUUUGGGACUCUACAUACAUUGAGUUGGAUUCUUUGGGAGAUUUUUGAGGGGAGCUUUUGUAUUGGGGGAAUUUUAUUUUGAAUGAUUUACUAUAUUUUAGUGACUUGUUUCUCUCGUGAUUUCCUUUUA